GUUGUUGACGGUUCUCAAAUUGUAACAAGUGAAACUUUAUAAUUAGUUCCUCAGAACUGAUUUAGCCUUGGUUUAGUAUCAAGGUUCCUCCGGAACUGUUACUUCCUGCAGCAAACUACGAAAGGUGGAAGUGGAAGUUGGAAGAUUUGCUUUAGUGUCUGAGUGUCUAACUUAUUGUCUAAUAAAAAUGUGUGUUUACUAAUAGCCUAGGAACAGAUAGGUAGGCAUAAAGAUGCUGGCUGCCCAAGCAAUAACCUCUCAAACUGAUGCUCGAAAAAACCUGCAAACUGAAUUACUUCACUCUGUGAAGCUCUGUCAGACUCGAUUUGGAGGCAGGACUGAACUUGCCACAGAGCUAGAUCCUCAUGUAGUUGAUGUUUGCAACAAACUUGAAGCCGUCCUCAGCCAUGGAUUACGAACAAAGGCAUUGCCCAAGAAAAACCAUUCGGCAAUCAAGCAAGUUACAGAGCUAGUAUUGGGAAACAACGGGCAAGAGCCCCCAGUGUUUUGGCACUUUGUACGAGAUUUCCUCACGAAGCAUGAGAGAGAUCGGUACGAGCAACUGAAGCAAAUUUACACCGACACAGGUCGAGGGAGAGCAUGGUUGAGAUCAGCCUUGAAUGAGAAGUCCUUGGAACGGUACAUGCUUUGUCUAACAGAUGCAUUGCCAGACCACAUUUCUGAGUAUUACGAGGACUGGGCGUUUCUGAGAGAUCAGGACCUGAGCAACGUCUUACCCCCGGCUGCGGCUGGCUUGGCGUCCAUCUUGUUUGCUAUCAACAUCUGCCGUCCAGAGUUGAACCAUAACGGGAGUGGGGGAAACGCACUAGAGCCAGUGAUACCAGCACCUACGACAAUUCCUGGUGAUAAAAUGAAAAACCGAAGAAGAAGAGUACCUGGAAAUAUAAUCUCAUUUGAUGAAGAUGACAUCAGUGGGAGUAUAGGAAGGUCUUCCCCUCCUACGCAAAGUACCUCUCCCACUGAGGUCGUUGUCAUUGGAGUAGAAUGUGUUGAGCCAUUGGCUGACGAGAACGGAGGCGCCAGUGAUAUUGACAUAAGCGGGGAAUGUGACAUGACAACUGACGAUGAAAAUAAAGGUCUAAGACCAAUCAGUAAUUCAAAUGUUGGGGAGCUGAUUCCUGUCCCUUUGACUGAAGAAACUCAGACGUCGGAAGACUCACUCUCGGUGCCUAGCUUUUCUGAGGACGCAGACUCUGUUAGUGUGGAGGCUGUUGAAGCAUGUUCAGAUUCAACAGUAAUAGAAGUGGCGCUAGACUCAAAAGUGGCUCGGCUACAAAAAGACUUGGAGGCCAUGAGAGAGGCCACACAAGGACUGAAGGCUCAAUUGAGGCUACAGGCCAAACAACACCAGCAGGACAGACAGAGCCUGGAGUCUAGGAACAUGGCCUUGGACAGAGAAAAUGAGCUUCUUAAACACCAGUUGCGGAAGUAUGUAGGAGCGGUGCAGAUGCUGAAACAACAAGAGGGCCACAAUGAAGAGGCUGACCUGUAUGAGAAGAAGUUGGUUCAGGUAGCAGAAAUGCACGCAGAACUGAUGGAGUUGAACGACCGAAUACAGCGUAGGCUGCAGAACAAAGAGGCAACAAUCCGUCGUCUGCGGACAGAGCUGGAGAGCUUGCGUGGGCCCUUGUUGGAGUCUGAUGACGAAGAUCUGUGCUCUCCUGCGCUUGUCAGUUUGUGGAUACCUUCAGUGUUCUUAGCUAGCAACGAAGGCUCUUCCCAUCAUGUCUAUCAGAUUCAUCUGAGGAUAUGUGAUGAGGAAUGGAAUGUCUAUCGACGAUACGCUCAGUUCUAUCUGCUCCAUAAAACUCUGAAGAAACAAUACCCUGUUAUUGGAACAUUUUUCUUUCCUCCGAAGAAAACUUUAGGAAAUAAGGAUGCAAAGUUUGUGGAGGAGAGGAGACAGAAGUUACAGCAGUAUCUGCGUCGGGUGAUGAAUCAUCUGAUAUCGUCACAUUCCCUCCUCACUACGGCUCCAAGCAAACCUCUGCUCAUCUCACUAAUGCCGUUUUUUGGGGAUCAACCACCAGAUGUGAAGCAGAAGUCGAGUCCGUUCUCUCGCAACUCGGCCCCCGAUAGUCCGCAGUACGCUGGCCUGUAGCUGCGAACAAGACGGUUAGGUUAGGUCAAUUUGUACAUAUACAUUACGAGUGCUAUUCCUUGUUAUUGUUAUUUAUUGUAAAGUAUUCUAUUUUA